UUAUCUAGGAUUUCCAUCGUGAUUUGUCACUAUUUAAAUAAAACUGAACUGAAUUGAAGUUGCGUUCAGUAAGUGUUGAUGCAGAAAAGGAUCCAAAACAAAAGACUGACCGUUAUUUAGUUGAGGUUUAUGAAAAUCCACAACAGAGAAUCAACUAAUGAAUCCAAAUGUCUGAAAAAGUCAUAAAGCAUAAUCAGCAGGGAGAACUGAACUGAACAGGCCGACAAAGGGAGGCAGCGACUACAUCCACAAAGAGGUGAGAGACACCUGGAAGAGACAGAGAAGUAAAACUAAAUACUAAACACACAGACGCUGCCAAAAUAAAACAGGAAGUAACUAAAACAUAAACACGGCUCCCACAGACCAAGAAUUAACAACAAGACAUGGGAACAAACUGAAAACUCAACCUAUGAAAAAAUUAAAAAGCUCAAACACAUAAUAAAAAAAACGAAACUAGAAUUACAAGAAUAGAGAAAAUCACAAAGAGGAAAACUCUUAAGUAAGGACAGACACAGGACCAAGACAAGUAGACUCAAACCUAAGAGCACAAAUUCAUGAGGAAAGCGUCGUUUUUCUUGACUUGUUUUUGCAACCAGACGAAACGCCCCCUGCUGGCCAUUAGAAAGACUGCAUGUUUAAGACACCUCUGUAUUGAUAUGUUUUACAUGAAGUCUAUAUUUUAUGUGAGAUUUGUGACCCUCUCUUCCUUCUUCUUUGUCUGUCAAGUUCCAGUUGGAGGAAAUGUGAAAGUGGAGGUGGAAUAUCUGUACACAGCUGAUUCCAAACUGACUACAGUAAGGCUGAGCUGUCACGUCAGCAGAGGAACUUUUCCUUACAUCUCCUGGCUCUUCAAUGACUCUGUCCUUCCCUCUGAGUCUCAUCCGGAUUCCCACACUCAUCCCAUCCUGCCUCACAUUGCCUUCGCUGACCGAAGACGAUCCCUCAUCCUCACUAAGCUCAGCCCUGAGGAGUCUGGGUAUUACCGCUGCAGGGCCAGGGACAGCUACGAUGACUCUGGGCCCUGGGUGGAGAGUGCAGCUGAGCUGGUCCAAGUCACAGUCAACUCCAUGUCUCAAGCAGCGUCCUCAACCGAAACGCCACNAAGUCAAGGUUUUUGCGUGAAUAUCACAGAAGCUGUCACCAUCGCAUUCUGCUGCUUCGUUCUCCUCGUGCUAGCAGUGGGUUCAGCCUGCGUGUACAAGAUGUUUGAAAACAAGCAAGCUCAUACCAACAGUGUUCCAGCAAAGUAAGUUUUACACCUGAAACACUCCAACUAUAACUAAGUGUGAUCAUCUUAUAUUUACAUAACACUUUAAAGCCUGAAAAAUGAAAUAAUGCAAGAAAAUUCUUUUUUUUAAUGGAGUAUUUAGCGAACUUUCUGAUGAAGUAAAAAAAAUAAAAAUUAAAUACUAAUUUGCAUAUAAAAGUUGUAGUUUGUAUCAUAUUUGCUACAUGUGGUAUUGUUCUGCAGUUUAUUCCUUAAAAAUGU